GUUUCAGCGAGUUGACAAUGGCGACACUCGACACAAAGAAUGUGGCCUCGAUGGACACCAUGGCGACGCCGCCAACCGAUACGGACGAAUUUGACGCCAACGUGAUGCGCCUCGUGAUCGCCUACGGCUGUGGUGUGGCGUUCUUUCUCACUAGCCUUGUGUGCUGCUAUCACUGGACCCGGUACGUCCACACGACGCAAACGGUGUGCCACGUCCCCGAGGUCACCAUGAUCAAGACCAACGCCAAACUUCUCCGCGGGCUCUGCGUCGCCAUGCUGUCGGCUCAGAUAACCCUCAUCGCCCACUCGAUGUCGCUUCCCGAUUCCGGCAAGGCCGCGUCGUUCUUCGACUCGAUCCAACGUCCGCUUGGGGCCAUGCUCGGCAUCGCGUUUGGGUUUUCGACAAACUUCCACUCGAGUUUUCGCGUGUUCGUCGCGACGUUCCUCGCCGCCCUGGUCGUGGUCGAUUCCAUCUCUGAGGUUCAGUACGUGUCCAUUCGCAUGUGCGCCACGAAAGGGGCGCUGUGCUCGUCGUCCAGGACACUCACUGUCGACCGCCUCGCGCUCUUGAUUGUACGAGACCUCGUCAGCAUAACAUUGCAAGUUUGGGCACUGCUUGUCGCGGCCUUCCUCUGCGUAUCGAUUGGGACGUGCCACUCUCGGUACACCCCGCGCCAGCUCUCCAUCAGCAACCCGUACUCGAACAUCCGCGAUCUCCUCACGAAAUUUCAUCCCCAACUGAAACACAGCGUUUGAUUUGACGGGUGCACAUGGCUCCACGUACAAUCUCUCGAUGCCGUGGGCAUCGUCAAAGCAGCUCUGUCGUCGACAACCAAGAGUCUGGCCCAUGAGCCAUGCCACCGCCUCUCCCUCGUGGCGACGGAAUGAAUCAGCAUAACAAGACUUUGCGUCGC